GCCAUUGUCAAUAGCUACAUCAGUUGAGCAAGUCCCAUUAUCGUCGAGCAAAACGCAACCGCCACUUCCCACUCUACCGUCAAUUCAAGAUGAAAAUUCAUCGCCAAAUUCUUCUCCGCAAGGUGCACCGAGCGAUGAUAUAACGCCGUCUGAUGAAUCUGGUGAUGGUACAAGUUUCAACAGUCCGUUACUCAGGACGGGAACAGUCUCGAAUGACAAACGAGGGUUAAGCCUGAGAUCGUCGGUGAGAAUAAAUAAAGUCCUAACACCGGAUUCAACCGACAGUGACAAAACAUCGGUAGCAGUGGACAGCAGACGAGGGAAGAUACCGGAUAUUUGGUCCACCGGUGCCACCUAUCGAACUACAUUGCCGGUGGAAGAAAAAGAUAAAAACGAUGAGGAGGAGGUUGGAGGUGGAAGUAAACGGUUCUUUGCAAAUUCUAAUUUUGACGACGAAAGCGAUUAA